AGCUGAGGUUCCCUCUCCUUCGCGCCGAUAGUUCAAAUAGGUAGUUAGAGACGAAGGCCGGAGAGUCCAGAGGCAGUCGAGAAAGAGACCAGCGAGAGAUCAGGAGAAGAUCGGGGAGAGUCUCGCGUAGCGAAAAGAGCUAAGAGCUCCGGGUUUUGUGGGCCGGUUAGGGUCAAGGGAUAAACCCAUUUAGUUAAAGCGAAUUAACGCUGUGGGUACGGAAGUAGUUCGCGUAUCUGUUCAGAUUUAGUCUGGUUGAAACGUUAGUAAAAUAACGAUAGUGAGGACAGUAUUAUUUGUGUUUUAUUAGUGCGACCGUGAAGCACGGAUCGGGCACGUGCGUGUGUGUACGAGUUAAGAUAGACUUCUCAUGUAUGACUUGGCGAAACAAGUGUAAGGAACAAAGGAUCUGUACGUUAUAAUAAACAUUUAUUAAUUGUUCUCAUCAUUAGUCAUUAAUCACGUUCCGUCACCUGCACCGUGAAAUAAGUUGCCUAGUACGUGAUAGCAGGGCUGCUAUCCGCGACUUAUUUUACACCUAAAACAAUAAAGAUUCAAGGAGCGCGUAUUCAAACGUUAACGGAAAGAAACGGAUACGCCGAAAGGGCAACCAAGACCCUUACAAAGUUAUCGAUUGUUGAACGUAUAAAACCAAAUUAUAUCACACUGGUUAUAUCGUCACCUGACAAUCUAUCAGCAUAAUGAUACUCACAAGCAUAGCUUUGAUCUUAAUAUGUGUUGGUAUAAUCUAUUUAACCUCGAAUUAUCGUAAGCGGUUACGAUUCAUUCAAGCAGCAAAUGCACUACCAGGUCCAAAAACGAAACCAAUUAUUGGGAAUGCCUACUACAUUCUCCAGAGAAAUUUUAACGAAUUGUUGGACAGUGUAUGUUUGCUGGUCGAUACUUACCCGUCUCCAUUUCGAUUUUGGUUGGGCAGUAAAUUACUUAUUUCUGUAAACGAACCAGACCAAAUUAAAACUAUUCUUCAAAACCCUUGCUGCUUAAAUAAAAGCUUAAUAUACAAAGUUUACAAAGCGGUGCUAGGAAAUGGGCUUGUUACUGCUCCUGAACAUAUAUGGGUCAGGCACCGAAAAAUGUUAGCGCCAAGCUUUAAUACGAAUAUAUUACGAACAUUCUGCGAUAUAUUUGUGAAUCGAUCUUUGGUAUUUACGGAGGAAUUAGAACACAUGGUAAAUGGCGAAGUAGAUCUAUCUCAGCAUAUAUUAAAGUGUACUUUGGACAGCAUUUCCGGCACUUCAUUGGGUACCGAGUUGCAAUUAAAGAAAAUUGAGCAGUAUCUUAAUGCAAUAGUAAGGGUGAAACAAAUAAUAACAUACAGACUACGAAAUAUAUUUUUACUUUCCGAUUUUAUAUUUAACCUUACAUCUCUAAGUCGCGAACAACAGAAGAAUUUAAAUUUUAUAUAUUCAGUUACGGAAGAGGUAAUACAACAAAACGCGAUGGAUAAUUUAGUUGGGAAUAAAAUCCAAUCCGCUAAGCCUUCAAGAAGGAGAUUAGUUGAUAUACUAAUGGAAACAUCUGACGAAGGCAAGAAAUUUACUCGGAAUGAGAUUAUCGAUGAAAUCAAUACGAUAGUUGGUGCCGGUACCGAUACAACCGCAAUCGCAUUAAAUUUUAUAAUAUUCAUGUUAGCAAAUUUCCCAGAAAUACAACAAAAAGUAUACGAGGAGUUGCUCGAAAUUUAUGAUACGCAAGAUCCAAAAUCCGUGCCCGUCGAUUUCAAGGAUUUGCAACAUAUGAAUUAUUUGGAAUGUAUUAUUAAGGAAACAUUGAGACUUUUCCCCCCAGUACCUCUCAUAGGACGUCAACUUAAUGAAGAUUUACAAAUAGGAGGAUAUACUUUACCGAAAGGCGCUGAUAUUUUAAUAACAAUAUUAACCUUGCAUCGUAAUGAAAAGUAUUGGCCGAAAGCGUUGACAUUCGAUCCAGACAGAUUUCUUCCGGAGAACAUGACAAAUAUUCAUCCAUAUAGUUAUAUAACAUUUAGUAAUGGUCCAAGGAACUGUAUUGGUGCGAAGUACGCAAUGAUUUCUAUGAAAAUCCUCAUAGCAACCCUGUUGCGGACAUAUAUAUUAAAAGUCGAUAAGGAGGUUAAAAUAGAACAGAUAAAAUUGAUGGCGAAUUUUUUGUUAGCGCCUGUCAUCCCUUUAAAAGUCAGGAUUGAAAAGAGAAAGUGAGAACAUAACAAUACAAUAAUAUAUUAUUAAUAUGCUAACGGAGGAAAUGGUAUUUAUUAUUACUAUAAUUGGUUGAUAACAUUUAUAGUCACUUAAUAACUUUUAACUUAAUUGGUAUAUUUUAUAUAGAAUACUAUAAUAUUUGUGAACUCAGUUAGAUUAACAUAAGUAGCGUGAGAGUAAAUUAACGUAAAUAAGUUAUUUUUGUUUUUUAAAUUUUCGUUACGGCGGUUUGUAAUUUUAUAUAUAAAUUAAUAUACAUUAAUUGUUUUAAUAAGAAGAAAAGACGGCGGUAGAAAAAACUAAGAGUGUAUCGUACCGCUUUCUUGGAAUCUGUCAUGAAUAAAACAUUGAAAAUCUGUUGUAAAUAACAGUGUAUCACUAGUAAUGAUAAAGGAAACAUAAAGUUUUCUAUUAAAGAAAAUUAUCUUUGCACUUGGAACUCGUCGUACGAUUUCAAUUGGACUUUGUCAUCUUUGAUAAACUGAUUUGAUCGAUAUGACAUUAAAGAUCGAUAUGCCUUUACAUAGGAGCGUCGAGCAUCGAGCGUCAAGUAUUGAGUACAUGCAUAUUAAUAUACAGUGAGUUGUUACUGAAACACAAAAUUAAUUUAAUUGCAUUCUGAACUGUCAGUUGAAUUUCGAGGUAUUUAUUAGCAAUUCAGAAAAAAUUGCAAGAUAUUACAAAAUGUCUAUUAAUUAUCGACAUUAUCAGUAACCCCAAGUAGCACAGCACCUCAGAAAACAUUCAGAAAGGCUUUUGCAGAUGUCUUACUUUUAUAAAAGCGCUAUAUAAGCGUUUCGCAACUGCUUUGUGCUAUAUGGGACGAAUAUUACAAACAAAACGUGGAGUUAAUUGCAUUAAUAUCACUAAUUGCAAAUGCAAUAUGAGCAAAACAAAAAAAAAUGUUUUGGGUGUUACAAAUAUUCGCAAAAAGAGACACGGAUUCUAUUAUGCAACAUUGCCCUAAUAGCAUCAAGACGCUGAAAUCUGAACGGUUUAGAUUUAUGCGUAAAAGUUCUGCGCACAGGUUUGACACUCAACGCUCGAACGCUUGCAUGUAAUGACACCUUGACAGUUUCAGUUGCGUCAUAAUGACUUGCAGAUAGGGAUAGUAAAAACAUUAUUACGUAACUACAUUAUUAUUGUAAUGUAUGCAAAAUAAUAUUUUUUUGUGAACGCGUUAUUUGCAUCGAAGCCUGCAGCUCCUUGAAGUCUAUCUCUCCACUCCAUCAGUGUUGCUUAGCAAUUACUAGAAGUAUUCUACGUAGUAUCGAAAGUGAUCUUAUGCUUCUUGCUUCGAGGGAACAUAUAUAACGAUACAUUGGGCUCUCCAAUUUCAUUUUGAAAGAAUGUGAAGAGAGCAAUUCUGUGUAUUGAUUCUGAAGUAUUGAUUAUGAUCUAAGUGCAUUGAGAACUGUGUUUUAUACUUAUAAUCACAUAAGUGAUUAACCACACAAUACAAUGUAUAAAAUCGGGAUAUAAGACUUCUUUAAAACGCUUUUAAGACAUUUUAUGUUCCGAUUUGUGUUGUGUGGAUAUAUUUGGGAAAAUCUUUGCUCCUGAUAAGAUCUCACAAAAAAAGGUUUGUUUGUAAUGUUUAUAACAUGCAAAAGAUAGUCAUCGUGCUUUUACACGAUAUGGGUUGGAUACAAUUCAUGACAUUAUUUAUUGUAUCAGUAAUAAUAUAGGAGAAUAUGUAUGUUAUACUCACAUUGAGCAACAGAAUAAGUUUUAUUAAUUAAAAAUAUUCGCCUUUCUUAGUAUCUAUCGUAGUAAUACCUUGUAGUUUCUACGUAAAUACGUUCGAAUCAUUGUUUAUUAGUGAAUUUACUUUGACUUCCUUAUUUAUUAUUCCAUGUUCUAAUUUAUCCGAAUAUGUUAAAAUGGAAUUUUGGAAGAAGUAAUAAUCACUUCUCUACGAGUACAUCCCGUGUGUAGUGAAUUUGCAUGCGAAACAAAUAAUAGCGGUCGAUGUAGUAUUACACACACACGUACACAUAAGCGCGUAAAUGACACGAUACAUUUUGCAUGCAACAUGAAUUUAAGAAGAUUUCAGAAUACGUUAUUCACAGACGGGCAAUAUUUUGAUAAAUUACUAUCAAAUUUAUAAUAUUGUAUUUAGCAAAGAAGUUCGUUUAUACACUUUCUUUCUUAUUUCUUUUUAAUAUCAAUAUUCCGCAGAACAUAUGGAACGAUGGGUCAAACAUCGAGAAAUGUUAGCGCCAAACUUUAAUACAAACAUAAUACGAACAUUCUGCAAUAUAUUUAUGAAACGAUCUUUGAUAUUUACGGAGGAAUUAGAUGGUAAAUGGCGAAUAGAUCUAUCUCAGCAUAUAUUAAAGUGUACUUUGGACAGCAUUUGUGGUAAGAUAAAAUGCUUAUUAGAUUUUGACUUGUUUGGAAAUUACCUUUUAUAUCCUAAACUAUUAAGUACGAAUGUAUAAACUAUCGUUCAAAAUAAUAAAUGAUAUGUAUGUUGAAACAUAUUUUAAUUAUAUAUUAUAUUAAAAAUGACAAAUCUGACUUUUUCAUACGAAACUUUGAAAGACACUUCAUUGGAUACCGAGUUGGGAUCGCAAUUAAAGAAAACUGAACAAUAUCUUAAUGCACUAAUAAGAUAUGAUUCUCUUCAGAACAUAAAUUCUUGUAAUUAUUGUACGCUAUAUUCAACGAUAGAUUUAAUUUAAUGCAAUGUUUAUUUGUAGGCUGAAAGAGAUAGUCACACAGAUUACGAAAUAUAUUUUUAUUUCCGGAUUUUAUAUUCAGUUUUACAUUUUUAAGUCGCGAACAGCAGAACCAUUUAAAGUUUACAUGUUCGUUUGCGGAAAAGAUAAUACAACAAAAGGAAAACGAGGUGGAUAAUUUAAUUGGGAAUAAAAUCCAAUCCGCCAAGCUUUGUAAGUUGUCAACACCUCAUUUAUAGUACAUAUUUUUACAUGAUGUAUUUAUGCAGCCAAUAUUACAAUGUGUGAAAAUUGUACGAAAACAGUGUAUGUUAUAUUUUAAAACAAUUGGCCAUACAAAAGAAUACUUUCACCUUUUUUUAAUUUUCAAUACGUUAUUUAAAUAGAUACAAUUACAUCUAUUAAAUGUGCAUACAGAUAUGUCGUAAAUUUUUAUUAUUAAAAAAAUGAAUAAAUAAAUGCACGUGCAACACA